CGUCAGUAGAGCACUGUCGAGACGAGCAUUCAGAGGUGGACGCUGUAAAUAGAGUUUUCCUCACAGUGGUAUAAACAGACCACAGCUAUGAACUGGAAUAAGGGAGGCCCAGCGGGGAAGCGAGGCUUUGGAUUUGGUGGCUUCUCUCUGGCCGGAGGGAAGAAAGAAGAUCCUCUGCCGCAGCCAUCACACAACUCGUUUGGAGCUUCAGGGUCAGCUGGAGGUUAUGGCAAGAAUCAGCAGCUCCCAGCCUUCUACAAAAUAGGCACUAAAAGAGCCAACUUCGACGAGGAGAAUGCAUAUUUUGAGGAUGAUGAAGAGGAGGCAAGCACCAAUGACCUGCCCUACAUCCCAGCUGAGAACUCCCCAACCCGAAAACAGUUCCAGUCUGGAGGGGGACAUGGCUCAGACAGUGACGAUGAUCCACUGGAUGCCUUCAUGGCGGAGGUUGAGAAUCAAGCAGCUAAGGAUAUGAAGAAAUUGGAGGAAAAGGAGAAAAAGACUGCCAAGGGUAUACGAGAUGACAUUGAAGAGGAAGAUGACCAAGAGGCCUAUUUCCGCUACAUGGCCGAGAACCCCACGGCCGGCCUGACCCAGGAGGAGGAGGAGGAGAACAUCGAUUACGACAGCGACGGCAAUCCCAUCGCUCCCACCACCAAGAAGAUCAUCUUGCCUCUUCCCCCGAUCGACCACACUGAGAUUGACUACCCUCCCUUUGAGAAGAAUUUCUAUCAGGAGCACGAAGAGCUCAACAUUCUGACGGGAACACAGGUGGUGGAUCUCAGACAGAAACUCAACCUCAGGGUGUCUGGAGCGGCGCCCCCUAAACCUUGCACAAGCUUUGCCCACUUCAGUUUUGACGAGCAGCUUAUGCACACGAUCCGCAAAUCGGAAUUCACGCAGCCCACACCCAUCCAGUGCCAGGGUCUGCCCAUUGCCCUGAGUGGCCGAGACAUGAUCGGCAUCGCCAAGACCGGCAGCGGCAAGACGGCGGCCUUCAUCUGGCCCAUGCUGGUGCACAUCAUGGACCAGAAGGAGCUGCAGCCGGGAGACGGGCCCAUCGCCAUCAUCGUGUGCCCCACCAGAGAGCUCUGUCAGCAGAUCCACUCUGAGUGCAAGCGCUUUGGGAAGGCGUACGGUCUGCGCUCCGUGGCCGUGUACGGAGGAGGCAGCAUGUGGGAGCAGGCCAAGGCCCUGCAGGAUGGAGCCGAGAUCGUGGUGUGCACUCCGGGUCGCCUCAUUGAUCACGUGAAGAAGAAGGCCACGUCGUUGCAGAGGGUCACCUACCUGGUGUUUGAUGAGGCCGACCGCAUGUUUGACAUGGGCUUUGAGUAUCAGGUUAGAUCCGUCGCCAGCCACGUCCGGCCAGACAGACAAACCCUGUUGUUCAGUGCCACAUUCCGUAAGAAGAUUGAGAGGCUGGCAAGAGAUAUCCUGGUCGACCCCAUCCGUGUCGUGCAGGGAGACAUUGGAGAGGCCAACGAGGACGUGACCCAGCUGGUGGAGGUGAUGCCGGCGGGCGUGGACAAGUGGGGCUGGCUGACGCGGCGGCUGGUGGAGUUCACCUCGGCCGGCUCCGUGCUCAUCUUCGUCACCAAGAAGGCCAACUGCGAGGAGCUGGCCACCAACCUGACGCAGGAGGGCUACUCGCUGGGCCUGCUGCACGGCGACAUGGACCAGAGCGAGAGGAACAAGGUCAUCGCCGACUUCAAGAAGAAGAGCCUGCCCGUGCUGGUGGCCACCGACGUGGCAGCCCGUGGUCUGGACAUUCCAUCCAUCCGCACUGUGGUCAACUACGACGUGGCUCGUGACAUCGACACGCACACACACAGGAUUGGUCGAACAGGUCGUGCUGGAGAAAAGGGUGUGGCCUACACCCUUCUCACCAAUAAAGACACCUCAUUUGCUGGAGACCUUGUUCGUAACCUGGAGGGAGCCAACCAAAGUGUCUCAAAGGACCUUAUGGACCUUGCCAUGCAGAAUUCUUGGUUCAGGAAGUCCCGCUUUAAGGGAGGCAAAGGGAAGAAGAUCAACAUUGGCGGCGGAGGCCUGGGGUACAGAGAGAGACCAGGCUUAGGAGCAGACACUUCGGAGCGUAGUGCUGGUGCAAGUGGAGCCUCUGCCCUUGGGAACUACGAGCCUUUCAAGCCCGCCACAGGAGGAGCCAUGGGAGACCGCAUGUCAGCCAUGAAACAGGCUUUCCAGUCCCAGUAUAAGAACCACUUUGUGGCUGCGUCAGGCCACGUUCCCAAGCUCUCCACCAAAGCCAGCAGCACGUCGGGUUGGACCAGCGCCGGGAGCCUGAGCUCGGUGCCCAGUGGGAACCCCGAGGGCCUGGACCGACCCACCGCGGCACCUCCGGUGGCAGCCUUUGCCGCCAUGCCCCCUCCGCCGCCAGCUCUUAGCAUUGGCACCAAGUUGGCGGGUUUCGCCAGCGCCGGUUCCCUGAGCUGCGUGCCCGACAGCCCCCGUGGUGAUCGCUACGAAGAGGAGCGCAGUCGCCACAGCGACCGCAGCUCAGGCGGAGGAGAGCGGGAGCGGGACCGCGAGCGAGAUCGGGAACGGGAACGAGACCGCGAUCGCGAGCGCCACAGCGACCGCGCCGACCGCCACGGCGACCACCGUGAACGCGACCGCCACGGAGACCGGGACCGCGAGCGCCACAGCGACAGCCGGAACGGCGGCGGCGGCAGCGGCCGAAGGGAGAGGGACGGACGCUCGGAACGGGAGGAGCGCGAGGAUCGUGAGGAGCGCGAGGAGCGUGAGGAUCGGGAGGAGCGUGAGGAUCGCGAGGAGCGUGAGGAGCGCGGGGCCGGCUUCGCCGUCCCAGACCUGCCCCGGCGCAAGAAGAGCCGAUGGGACAACUGAGACGUCCACUGGGGUACACUGCUCUCACUCAGCAACAGCAACCGCAACACUGCAGGGGGAGGGGAGGAGAGAAACCAACAACAGCCUUCUCUGCCCCUCCACUGGGGAUGGAUGGACUGCUUGGCCAUGAGGAGGUGCUGUUGCUGUUGUUGAGUUUGGGAGUGCAUCCGUUUUUACUUCCCAGAACUGUAGCAGUAUUUCAGCUACCAUCUCUACUCCACCACCUUUCCUGGAUGAGCAUGUAGCUUCAUCCUCCCCCCCUCCCCCGGUGUCAGUCCAUCUUGUAUUUGUGGGAUGGGGGGGGGGGAUGAGGAUGACAUCACGGUAUCCCAGUGUUGCAGAGGUCUUGUCGUCAUAUCUUCUGUUGUCUUUCUGCCGAUGUCUGCAGACAGGCGUCCGUUGGUAACCAGCGUUCUUCCGAGUUUCCCUGUAAAGUUUGCUGUUUGUAUGAAGUCAUUUAAUGUGUUGAUAUGAAACUUAGUUAAACAAAUUUAAGUGUUAGAUCUCUUGAGUUGGUGGCUGAAGAUUUUUAGCUGUGCCUUUGAUCAUGCACAGAGAUUGUCAUUUGUCCUUUUAAAAUGCUUAACAAGGGACGUGUGUGAGUGUUUGUGUCUGUGUGUCUGUCUGCGCGUGUGUGUGCGCGUGUGUGUGCGCGUGUUGUGUGUGUACGCGUGUUGUGUGUGUGUGUGUGUGUGUGGGUGCGUGCAAAGGACCGUGUGUGCGCGCAUGUGCAAAGGACGGCACUGAACCAUUUGUGCAGUGAGAAGAUGAGGCAUAAAAAGGCAAAUAAAAAAAAAUACUGGGGUGUCUAUGUUGUGUAGUUCUGCUGAACCAGCUAUAAUCCACCACUGUUUUAUUUUACUUUUUUUUUGUAAAUCUUUGCGUCCUUUUCCCCCCCUUAUUUUUAUCUCCUUUGUUUGUAAAGCAACAGACUGGAGCCAAAGGCUCUGCUAACACGAUGAUCACAGGAUCCCGAUCCUGCUAACACCAAACUCACGGGACAUGCUAGCCUGUGGUACUGGACACUGAGCACGGAAAUAAAAGUACAAACGCAUCCCUUUACCAACAAGAGAUGAUGUUCAUAUCUGAGCAGCUAUUGGGCGCUAUCUUGUUUUGACUACCUUGUUGUACUCCAUUGUCAUCACAACUCUGUCCACAAACCUCUUUGUCAGGUGAUGCCGAACUAGCUUCAAUAAAGUCUCUCUUCUCUUGUU